UCCAGAUAGACUUUUGGGGUCACAACAUUGAGUUUGAAGAGGAGGGUAGAAGUGAGCUAGGAUUGCUUAAGAGUGAACAUAAAUGGCUAUCAAGGCAUUAGACUAUGAUACUCUGAAUGAAAACGUCAAGAAGUGUCAGUAUGCCGUAAGAGGUGAACUCUAUCUCCGAGCUUCUGAGCUUCAGAAAGAAGGCAAAAAGAUUAUCUUCACAAAUGUUGGAAACCCUCAUGCUUUAGGACAGAAGCCGUUGACAUUUCCUCGCCAGGUGGUUGCGCUUUGCCAAGCUCCGUUUCUACUAGAUGACCCAAAUGUUGGAAUGCUGUUUCCAGCUGAUGCUAUUGCAAGAGCUAAACAUUAUCUUUCCUUGACUUCAGGCGGUUUAGGUGCUUACAGUGACUCAAGAGGCCUUCCAGGAGUUAGGAAAGAAGUUGCUGAGUUCAUUCAACGGCGUGAUGGGUAUCCAAGUGACCCAGAACUCAUCUUUCUCACUGAUGGAGCUAGCAAAGGUGUGAUGCAAAUCUUGAAUUGUGUUAUACGCGGUGAUGGAGACGGGAUUCUAGUUCCGGUUCCACAGUAUCCACUCUACUCAGCUACCAUAUCACUGUUAGGUGGUACUCUUGUUCCUUACUAUCUUGAUGAGUCUGAAAACUGGGGACUUGAUGUUAAUAACCUUCGACAAUCCGUUGCUCAGGCUCGUUCUCAAGGGAUUACAGUAAGGGCAAUGGUGAUCAUUAACCCUGGGAACCCAACUGGUCAGUGUCUAAGCGAAGCUAACUUAAGAGAGAUAUUGAAGUACUGUUAUAACGAGAAAUUGGUUCUUCUGGGAGACGAGGUUUAUCAGCAGAACAUAUACCAGGAUGAGCGUCCCUUUAUCAGCUCCAAGAAGGUUUUGAUGGAUAUGGGUUCGCCGUUCAGCAAUGGAGUUCAGCUUGUAUCUUUUCACACAGUCUCUAAAGGAUAUUGGGGCGAAUGUGGACAGCGAGGUGGAUACUUUGAGAUGACCAACCUCCCUCCAAGGGUUGUUGAGGAGAUAUACAAGGUUGCAUCAAUUGCCCUCAGCCCCAAUGUCUCUGCGCAGAUCUUUAUGGGUUUGAUGGUUAGUCCUCCAAAGCCUGGAGACAUUUCAUAUGACCAGUUCGCCCGUGAAAGCAAGGGGAUUCUUGAAUCUUUGAGAAGAAGAGCAAGAAUCAUGACUGAUGGAUUCAACAGCUGCAAAAACGUUGUGUGCAAUUUCACAGAAGGUGCAAUGUAUUCGUUUCCUCAAAUACGGUUACCACCGGGAGCUAUCCAAGCUGCAAAACAAGCCGGAAAAGUGCCAGACGUUUUCUACUGUCUCAAGCUCUUAGAAGCCACAGGAAUCUCCACAGUACCUGGCUCUGGAUUUGGACAGAAAGAAGGUGUCUUCCAUCUGAGGACAACGAUCCUGCCAGCAGAAGAAGAGAUGCCGGAGAUCAUGGAUAGCUUCAAGAAGUUCAACGACGAGUUCAUGAGUCAAGUAAUAAGAAGGGUAAAGAAGAAAACAGAGAAGGAGAAGAAUUGGAGAAGAAGCCAACUGAUCAAGAUUCUGUCGCCGGUUAAAUGUCCUGUGACGAUGGUUGAGAAGCCGGAGAAGGAAGAGGAGGAAGAGUGCACAACGCCUAAAGCAGAACAGUUUAGGAUUCCGCAGCCGCUAGAAUGUCCGCGGGCUCCCAAACCUAAACGCCGGAGAGGCGGAGAUCAUUCUUCUCUGGUGGCGCCAACAAUUAGUUUUCAAACUUUGUGAUUUUUGUUUUUGUUUUUGAUGCAAGCAACUUGGGAUGAGGCAAAGAUUACUCAAUACUCUACUUAUCGAUUUAUAAUAAUUUUGUUUGAUUUCU